AAAUUAGAUUUUUGCACGGUUGUCUUGUUAACGACUCUUUUUGCAUAAUAUUGUGUACAAAAGUUGUAAGCGUGAAGUACAAAUUUAGUCUGGUCGGCGCGUUUGUUGUAGUGCUUGUGAUCUGCGUGAUAUGAAAUCACAAUCGUCGUUCUCAUGAAAAAUUACGAAAAUGUCACUUACAAUAUGUGUGCACCAUGCCAUCGAUAAUAUACCUUGGCUACCCGUCAACAAUCAACAUGUAUAAUUAACCAAUAUAAAAGCUUCAAAAACAGCAGAAAUAAAACCGAAGGAGAUCAUCUCCUUUAUAAAAUCAAAAACAUCUAAACCUAUAGACGAGAACCACCCCCACUACAAGAAUUCUCCCUGGAAGACCAACCAGAUUACUAACAUAAGAAUAUAUUUCUUUCUACAUUUGUAUUAAAUAUUUGUAUAUCAAUACUAUAUAGAACAACAGUACACACUGCAUAUAUAGUGCACAGAUACACACAAACACACAUAUAUAGGCGAGGCUGUGCGAUGACAUUGAUGAUCUUAGGCUUGAGGCUGACCAAUGACAAACUGGCUCCGCCCCAUAAAAUCUCGCAUCACUCUGCUACCGUACCGAGGUCAUCGACGAUCAUCAUUCUGCUGACAGCAAUAUGGACAGCUCCGAGGGAAGACGACCUAAGUGUGCGAGAUGUAGGAACCACGGCGUUAUAUCAUGGUUAAAGGGUCACAAAAAACGGUGUUCUUACAAAGAGUGCGUGUGCCCGAAGUGCAAUCUUAUAGCUGAAAGGCAACGCGUCAUGGCUGCUCAAGUUGCAUUAAAAAGGCAACAAGCAGCGGAGGAUGCUAUAGCAUUGGGAUUGGCUUCGGUUACUUCCGGAACUAAAUUCGGAUGCUUACCACAAGGUCCCAUAUUUGGUAUGACUGUACCCACAUCCAAGUCUCCUGUCGCAAAAGAAGAAACGGCUCGACCUGAAGAAAACUCUACAGCCAAUUUACAGUUAUCAGAUGGGGCAAAGGGAGUUGUACCACCGGGUUCUCUUGAUUUGCUUUGUAGGUUAUUUCCAGAGAAAAAACGAUCAGUCCUGGAGUUGGUACUUCGUCGAUGUGAACAUGAUUUAUUGAAAGCUAUAGAGCAUUGUGUACCUUUAUGCAAGUCUUUGGCAGCCACCCCGAAAUCUCGGAAAACCAGCACAGACAAAGUUGAUACACCUCAGACUACUACUAUUGGUUCCGCAUUUAUGCCUUGGGGUUUACACCGUGAACCUCCAGUGGCUCAUCAAAACGCUCGAAGGCAGCUGGCCACUAGAUUGACUUAUCAUGUACCCGAACCGACUACUACGUUGUUUCAUCACUUUAGGACCCAAUCUACUGGAGUUUCAUGUGGACCGCCUUUUUAUUUGCCACCGUUUUUGCUAGAAUCAGCCGAAUCAUGUCAUGUAGCCAACUGCGCCGAAUGUGCAUCAGCUGCAGCUCAACAGAUAUGAAAUAUUUGAAAUUAUCAUUACCGUUAAUAUAUUCAACUAAAAUGUAAAAAAUAUAUAUUAUAUAGAUAUUCGAAUAAGUUUGUAACUUGUAUAUUAAUUAUAAGUUGUAUUAAAUAUUAAUCUAAUAAAUAAAUACAGUAUAAUAUGUUAUAUAAUAUACCUAUAUACUUGCA